AUGAAAAUAUCAUUCAUACAUCUUUCUUUCAUCACCGUCUUGGUGGUACUUCUUACUGGUUCUAACUAUAUUACUCAAAUAUAUGGCCAAUGUUUGGGUGAUCAAAAAGCCUCAUUAAUUAAAUUCAAGAAUAACCUCACGUUCGACUCUUCUUUGUCAACCAAACUAGUCAAGUGGGAUCAAAACGCUGACUGUUGCCUGUGGCCAGGUGUAAGUUGUGAUGAGGAAGGUCAUGUGCUUGUUCUGGAGUUGGACGAGGAAGCCAUUUCUCACGGAAUUGAUAACUCAAGCAGUCUCUUCAAUCUUCAACAUCUUGAGAAGCUGAAUAUGGCUAAUAAUACGUUAGAAUCUAUUCAAAUACCAACAGAAAUUUAUAAGCUCAAAAACUUGACAUACUUGGAUCUAUCCUUUGCUGGUUUUGAUGGGGAAAUUCCAAUUGAGUUGUCAAGAUUAACACAUUUGGUGUUUCUUGACCUUUCUUCUUAUAAUUCCGACGAAUUAUCCGACGAAUUACCAUUUUCUCAUCCUUUCUUAGAGCUUGGGAGCACAGAUUUGAAGACACUGGUCGGAAACCUAGCAAAUCUUAGAGAACUUUAUCUUGAUGGAGUGAACAUUUCAUCGAAGGGGAGUGAGUGGUGUGUAGAGAAAUAUAGCAGAAGAAAGGUAAAUCGGGAAGACCUUCUGCUAGCCCAAGAUCGUUAA